UCUUGGUGAGAGAGAGAGAGAGCAAACUGUGCACGGGGAGGGAGCCAGGGAGCUACAGGGAACCAGGACGCCGCUGUGUUGUUAUGCCAAAACACUCAGCUGCGGCUUGUCAUACCCAAGUGUGUAUGACAGCCUGUGUGGUGACAUGGUGGUGUCUGUGGCUGACUGUGGCAGGCAUGGAGGUCUGGGGAGGAGGAGAGGAUGGGGAAAGAGGAGGAAGAGAGGAGAGGUCCCUUCAGCAAAUCCCCUUAGGAACCUCAGGAUUUCCCUUACCUGUGGAUAUUGACCCCAUUCCUUCAGGCCCCAGAGAACAGAUCAACCAAGUGACAUCCUUCAUUGAUGGGUCGGUGAUCUACGGGUCCAGCAAGGAGGAGAGUGACGAGCUGCGUGCCUUCUCUGGCGGCCUCCUCAAGGUGCAGCGCGGCCCGGCAAACACCCAGAUCCUCAUGGCCGACACCAACCAGAUUGACUGCAAGACCUCAGGAAGAUUCAAAGCCAGGUCACGCAAGACUCGGGCAGCAGACGGCCAGCUCAAAGACAUCGAGUCAGGUUCCCCAAACAACGUACUGGAUUUGAUGGAGGUUCUGCCUAACACUGACGUCAGCGAUAUCACGGAAAUUCCUAGCGUGUUUGAGCGUGACGACCAGACACUGCCCUGCUACCACACUUUGCGUUUCCGCACAGCUACAGGGUGGUGCAAUAAUCUUAACUUCCCGUCCUUCGGCAAGUCGUUCAGGGCAAAAAGUCGACUCCUACGUCCUUCUUAUGAAAACGGUCUGUCUAAACCUCGCGUCACUUCAGUCACCGGCAAGCCUCUCCCUUCCCCUCGGCUCAUUUCCACCAACAUGCACAACGACGUGUCUGCACCGCAUGUCCGCUAUACCCUAAUGGUCAUGCAGUGGGGCCAGUUUAUUGACCAUGAUAUUAUUUUCACCCCCAUCAACAAAGGUUUCCAAGACUCGAUUCUGGAUUGCCGCAGAUGUGACUCUCCCCAGACAGUCCACCCUGAGUGUUUCCCCAUAGCCAUUCCUCAGAACGAUCCAUUUUUCCCUCCUGUCAAUAUAUCAUCUGGCCAGCCAUUCUGCAUCCCCCUAACCCGCUCCAUGCCAGGCCAGCUGACUCUAGAUUACGAUGCAUACUGCAACCCAACAGUGCUCAAUGAAUUUGGCAUAGCCUUCCGCUUUGGCCACUCUCUACUCAAGCCUUCCCUGGAGCGCAUGGACGGAAUAUUUGCCAAGUGCAACCCUCCUGUCAAGCUGAGCGAACACUUCUUCAACCCAGACCUACUCUACCAGCCUGGGAUGCUUGAUGAGAUCAUCCACGGCCUGACUACUGUGUCCAUGGAGACACUGGACCAGUUCUUGACAGAUGAGGUGACCAACCAUCUCUUUGAAGACAAGCGGCAGCCAUUCUCUGGCCUGGACCUGGCUGCCCUCAACAUCCAGCGAGGCAGAGACCAUGGACUGCAGCCUUACAAUGAGUACAGGGCCCUCUGUAACCUGACCAGGGCGAGGUCGUUUGAUGACCUGCACAGGGAGAUAGCGAGGCCGGUGAUCGAGCGAAUGAAACGGACGUACGCACACGUGGAUGACAUAGAUCUGUUCACUGGUGGAUUGAUUGAGACGCCGCUGCACGGUGGACUGGUCGGUCCCACGUUCGGCUGCAUCCUCGGCAUUCAGUUCAGGAACCUCCGCUGCUGUGACCGGUUCUGGUAUGAGAAUGCUGACCCACUUGUGCGCUUCACCGACCCUCAGCUCACUGAAAUAAGAAAGGUGACACUGGCCAAGCUUCUGUGUGACAACUGUGACAAUGUGGAAAGUGAACAGCGGUCUGUCUUUGACCUUCCAGACCCCUUCCUGAACCCCCGAGUGUCAUGUCGCGACCUCCCCGGGGUGAACCUUGAGCUGUGGAAAGAGGAGCACGAAGAAGAGGAAGACCUACAAAGGAUCAGAUGGAAGGACCAUGUCAAUGAAGACACAAGAGACAAAGGAUUAGAUGAAAGAAUGCCUCAAAGCAGAAACAUCUGAAGAAGACUUUUGUAAAGAGCAAUCCCAAAUAGAAAUUAGGGUGGGAAGAAGCAGCGUUGGCACUCACCACAUUGGUAACAUAGAUGCCCAGGAGUGUUCGUCGUGCUGGCCGUUCCACUAGGAUGGCCAUGAGGCUGCCAAUGAACCCUGGCACAAAGGAGACUGUGAAAAAGUUGAAGUGCUGCAGAAUGUGUCUGUGGGAGUAAACAACAAACAUAUCAUUAACAAUUAAACAAUUUGACAUUUCAUAGAGGUGACUCAAUUUCAGCUACCGUAUUUGAUAGCUUAUAAGACACACCUUAAAAAAGUCUCAGAAAAUUAGCCAGCGUCUUAUAAGGCCAAGGUUCAGCUCUGGGGCAGUGGCUAGUAGUAAGUCUAUGGCAACAGUGGCCCUUAAAUCAAACCACAAACAUCUUCACACAUGUAAACAAAGUGAUGAUCAUUUCUAAAUCUCAAAAACAACUCUUUUUUUUGUAAGGUAACAAUGUAUAACAGAUCAUACUUAAUGGUAAUUCACAUAAAAUAACACCAGUCAGAAAGAAAUUAAGUGACUAUGCUUACAUUGUUUGUACCAAAACAAAUUCACCAUUAGUUAAACAUCAAACCUGGCAACACAUGCAAGGUUCACUGCGUUCCUUAGGUAAGAUACACCUUCAUACAACAGAAAUUAUGCCUAUCUUUUAACAUUUUUAUCUCGCAUGUGUGUUCAACAAAACUUGAAGCUAAUGAGAAACUAUAUUUUUUUUCAGAAAACCUAACAUAACAAAAGAUUUUAUAAGUGAAAAGAGAGUCACAAAGUAGGGUGACUCAUGGUGAUGGUCUGCACAAUAAUCAUGCAAUACAGUUUAUGCAAUAGUGUUUAAAAUUUCCAGAUUCCAUUUCCCCAACAUAAUGGGGUCACAGAAACAACGUGUACACAAUGGCGUAUAAGUUACAAAAUUAUAAAAUUUCCCAAGGAAAAAUAUUGGAAUCUAAUAAGGAUCUGAAUACAUAUGAGAGGGCAUCAAAUGUCAGGUUAAAUCCUUCACUUCAUAUACAGAGCUUAAACCCAUUUAUUUAUCUUUUUUUUUUUUUUCAAUGCCUGCCCAAACUGAGAUGCAUCUUAUAACCCCAUAUGUCUUAUAAACUGUCAAAUACAGUAUUUUCUAUUUUACAGUAUUUUAUCUUGUUCCAACAGGAAAAUACUAAUUUUACAGUAUUUUAUCUUGUUCCAACUGGAAAAUACUAAUUUUUUUGUCAUUUUAUAUGCUAAUGAUGAAGUGCUUCAAUGGCUGUCCUUCAUCAAUAUCCUAUGGUCACCUCCUCUCUCCAAACUAACCAACAAGAACUCAUGCACUAUACUUGGUUUGUGUAGUAACAAGAAUUGUGGGAGCUGAUCACAACACACUAUGACCACUGACUACUUAAAUGUGUAUUCAUUCACAUAAACUAUACUAUAUCUUAAUUAAUUGACUAUCCAUGCACAAAAACAUAAAAAAUAAAUAAACAAAUAAGUAAAUAAACAGAAAAAGAUUACUUUGUUAUGCAACUCCAUGGUUUCAUAUAAAUUUCCCAGAGUAAAAGCAAGCAUGACACACUCAGUAUAAUAGCAUGUAUAUUACACUUACUACUUCCAAACUGCCCCAACAUGUGCAUGGGAAAGGCCACACCUGGCAUGCUCACCUGACAACACAGUAGGAGCCAAUGUACCCAAAAGCAUUGACUGUCAGGAAACAAACUGAUGUUGUUAAGUAGUUCUUCAAGAGCUUUUUUCCAUACUUCAUACUUAUUUUCCGAGCAUUCACAAGACUGGUUAGCUGCAUGCAAACAAAUGCAAGUCAUUAAUAUUACAAAGAUAAACCUCAAAAUACAAAGUGUCAUUCCCAAUUCAAAAGAAAAAGGAAAGAAAAGGAGAAAUAAAGAAAGCAAGCAAGUAAAAUUAUUAACUCCUGAUCAAAGUCUUCCUUCCACUUUUGAAGCCAGAAAGCAAAAUCAUAUUCCCCUUCACCUCACACUCUACUUACACCAGAUCUAUCAUGGCAUAAGGUAAUUGAUAUGAAAAGUUCUAUGCAUAGCUAUAAUCCAUUUUCACCUCUUUUUACCAAUAUAGUAACAGUAAUCUUUAACAUUUUGUCACCUAAUGACACCAUCACACACAUUUUCAGUAACUGUAGAUAAUUCUAAUGAGCCAAAAUAAAAUUACAGUAGAUGCAA